UCUUUGCACCAUCAAGCGUCCUUCGCUUCAUACUGCCUCGACUUAUCGACCGGCCUUGAGUCGGAUCACCAGAGUAGUCGUCAGGCCUGUGUACUGUACUGUCGUUAUCUCGCCCAACCUCCCCCCAUGUUCUGACUUCCGCCUUGUACCUUGUCAGACAUACCCAUUCCCCCUCGGACUUCAGCAGUGAUGCCUUCGUUCGUCAAUCACACCCGGGGCUAUACCUGGCCACCCUCAGUACACCUCCUCGACUCUUCCGAUGUCGCCACUCAUCUCGAGUCCGUGGCAGAAGAGCUACCAGACAUCAACGAGGAUCCCUUCGCCCACUUCAUCAGCCCCGUCACCGAAGAAGACGACCCCUACGACGAAGAGUACGACUUCAACGCCGGCAUCACAGUCGUCGAGCAGCCGCCAAACAAGGUCAAGUCGCAAAAGUUCCGCACCACUGUCGCCAAGAAGUGGGCGCAGUACGUCGCGCUGCACCAUACCCAUAUCCACAGGAUAUACCACGGACCGACACUCAGUCAGAUCGCAACAAUCGACGAGCUGCUGCAAGAACCCCCCGAGCUGACGGACGACGAGGCCGUCCCGUACAAGGUCGAGGUUCGUGCUCCUCGAGAGCCCACUCGCGGUCGCGCCCAGGAUCUCCUCUUACCAAGGCCUCGCUUCAGCAGAGGCCGACGAUACAGCCGCACAUCGUCAGGUCGUCGGCACUCGUGGCGCGAGCCGAGCCCAGACCUAUUCACUGUCAUGGAGGAGUCGGAGGGACAAUCGAUGCGGGAGACUGAUGAUGGCGCGAGCCGGAGGUCGGAGCGGAACGUCACUGUGGUCGAGAAGUCGAGGCUGUGAUAGAGUCCCCAUGGAGAGAGCAUACUGGAAAC